CGAAACUCAAGAUAGGUAAAUAAUUAUUGCACCGCUAGCUAGCAUUAGUUAGUUAGCGAUAGCUUAUAGCUCACGGAAUAAAGAAAAUGAGCAAAAAAGACAACGGAGGUUUAACAGUCAUAUUUGCUUACCUGAACGAGAAGAACCGUCCUUACAGUGCCCAAGAUGUCUUUAACAAUUUACAGAAGCAGCACGGCCUGGGAAAGACGGCUGUGGUUAAAGCCAUGGAACAGUUGGCACUGGAAGGGAAGAUCAAAGAGAAAACCUAUGGGAAGCAAAAGAUCUACUUUGCUGAUCAGGCCCAGUUUGCAGAGGUGAGUGAGGCAGAUCUGAAGGCCAUCGACAGUCGCAUCUCUGACCUCAGCACACAGGUGCAGGCUAUCUCUCAGGGCUGCAGACAGCUGGAUGCAGAGCUGAAGGAGCUCAACAGCUCCCUGACCACAGAGGAAAUGAUGUCCGAGAUCCAGGAGCUGGAAGAAGGGUGUUCUGGUUACAGGGAGCGCCUGGAGAAGAUCAACUCAGCGACCAAUCAUGUCACACCAGAGCAGAAGGAGAUGGUUUACAAGGAGAGACAUCUCUAUGUGAAAGAGUGGAAGAAGAGGAAGAGACUGGCAUCUGACAUGAUGGGUUCCAUUUUGGAGGGAUACCCCAAGACCAAGAAGCAAUUUCUGGAAGAAGUUGGUGUGGAGACUGAUGAGGACUGUAAAGUGACUUUGCCAAGUACCUGACAGAAUGUUGGAGGAUCUUUGUUUACUUUUGACUUGAAUGUCAAUUCUGAGGGAGUAUAAUGUCAUCAAAACUCAUUCCAGGAAUAACUCAUUACUAUUUGUAAUGUUUUGUAAUAAAAUACCUUGUACAGGUGUAUACUUGAAAGUUUAUUUUGCAAUUAAAAAUCAUUCAUACGAAAUACUUCCAUCAAAUUCUUGUCCAAAUCAGCAAAAAAUAUGUAACAGUAGACCUGAUUUAUUUUUUACAGCACAAAUACUUGUUGUAUAAAAUGAUCCCUUUUUAAAGUCUGGUGAUUACACAGAUUAAACAUUCACAUCUGUUAGGUUUACCAGAAGGUCCUGAAACAUUUGGUACAAGUUCUCCUGAGCACAUUGUCAAAAUAAAUCACCAAAUUCUUCACAUUACUUUUUAACAUUCUUGACUGUUUUAAGGCCAGGAUUCAAUCAGAUCUGCGGAACCUGCAUCAGCAGACAAACACAUUGCUUUUGUUUAGGUGGUGUAACUGUUAGAGCUGUCAAAUUAGUAAGCGGCUGCUCUUGUGGUCAUUGUCAUGAAACCACACCCGUCCUUAUAUCCCAUCCACCUUAGAAGUUCAGAACAAGAAUGUGUAGGCUAUAUAGAAAUGACAAUCAUUAAACGAAAUCGGGAUUUAUCACACAUUUCACUGUUAUAAUUUGUAACACUGCUGCAAGGGCUUUCUACUAAUGCGACUUGGUGCAUCCAAUGGCAAUGCCAGCUAUAGUUAACGCCAGGAGCUUCUUGUGGAUUUGACAGCUCUAACGCCGUCAUUGUAAAUAAUCAUUUGUUCUCAACUGACUUGCCUAGUUAAAUAAAGGUUAAAUACAUUUUUUAAAACACAGUUACACCUCCAACACCACCUAAACAAAAGCAAUGAUUAGCUCUGCGUUUACCGCUAAUCUGAUUGAAUCCUGGCCAGAGUUUUUUGGUUCAGAGAUUCUGUUUAAAAACCAUGUCUAAUACAGAACUAUUAAUGAAUCACUAUUCUACCGUGCCUUUUUGCCAAUAAAGAUGAUGAAAAGGCGAAAAGCUGCAGUAACACUUACAAAUAUGCUUGAUUCUGUCACAACACAGACACAACAGCAAUCAUAACAUCACAAUCAAUGAUGAACAUUUAACAAUUCUCAAAUACCAUCACAACUUGUUUGAAAUGAAUAUUUUAACUCAUGACUGUUUUGGAUUUGAUUCGAACCGGUUCAGAACUUUAUGCUGGUUUGAACACUGGAACAACAAAAAGAGGUUUGGAAUGGAACAAUAAAAAAAUUAAAUGUGGUUCCAACCCGAUUUGUGGUGAAUGUAAACAUUAGGGAACGUUUACAAGCAAGUAGCCAUUUGCCUUGUUUAACACAACUGUUCU